AUGGCAGCGGCAUUGGCUUUGCUUUUUGUCAAUUACGAGGACGCGGUUGACCCAGACGCAUUGGUCGAUAAUUGCCUUCGAAACGUCAGUAAAGCUUGGUAUGUGCCUUUCCCCCUCAACCGAGUGGCGUCAUCGUCUACAACAUUCGACAGGGGUGUCCGCCUAGCACUCAUGUAUACAUUUCUUCUCGGAUUCGACGUCCUCGUCUUCUCCAUGACCCUCCGCAGGUCCCUGCAGCACGCACAGUGGGGGUCGACACCACUCAUCAGAGUUGUCAUCCGAGACGGGACGAUGUCUUUCGGUGUGAUUUCGGUAAUUUGUCUAGCGGUCAUCCUCUCUUUCGCAAUUUCAUCGCCUGUUAGCCGUGGGCGCGAAAUCGUCCUUGCAAGCAACUUGUCAUCUAUCUUGGUCAACCGCAUGAUCCUAAACCUUCGUGAUCCAUCCCUUCUUUCCACUCGCGAAGUCCAAAGUUCUGGGAUCUGGGCCCAGCGCGACGGCAUACCGACAUACCGUACCGGCGGAGACAUCAUCACCACCAUGCACACUGACCACUCAGACGAAGAGGAGGACAUGGCCAUUUCAUCACAGGGUUGCUACACUCCCGAAAGUCAGUAUGAACACCGUGCCAUAUGUGCCAAGUUACACCAAGGCGACAUGAGAGGAAGCGUUUAG